AUGUGGAAGGUACAGCUUCUGAACGGAAUCUCUCCUACACCCUUUAAUGGCAACCCAGCAGACUUCCCGUUCUUCAAAGAACAAGCACAUACUCACCUUGAAAGUGAGCUACUAACUGAUGCGCAGCGGGUAGAGUACUUACCGAAGUUCCUGAAAGGAGAAGCCUUGGAGGUCAUCAAAAGAAACCGAGGCUCCUCCUAUAGUGAGCUAAUGAAGAUCUUAGAGGAACGCUUUGGUCGCCCUAUUCAGGUGACGCAAGCCUGCAUCGAAGAGUUAGUCUCAGGCCCCAAACUUGCCUAUGGUGACAACAUGGGUCUGCUUAAUUUUGCCGAGAAGCUGAACACUUCAACCAAGGUUCUGAAGGGAGAUGUGGAACGCGAAGCAAGCGUAGCUACCAAUUUAAGAAGAAUCGUAAACAGACUCCCAAAUGAUUUAAUCACCAAGUGGCAGACCGAAAACUACGAGAUUGUUAGCCGUGGUGGAACUGCACGACUAAAGGACAUUGCAAAAUUCGUGAAAAGGCAAGCGUCAAUAAGGAAUGACCCAGUGUUUGGAAUGCAGCCGCAAAGGGGAGAAAACAGGACAAACAAGUCCCCCCAAAGCUUCUAA